AUGGCCAUCAAGUAUUUGAUUAUGCUUUCGAAGCAGGGAAAAGUGAGGCUUUCCAAAUGGUAUACCGUAAUUUCUCAGAAGGAAAAGCUUCAAUUAAUUAAAGAAUUAACAGCUAUAGUUCUGAAUAGAAAGGCAAAGAUGUGCAAUGUCUUGGAAUAUAAAGAUCACAAAAUUGUUUAUAGAAGGUAUGCUUCUUUAUUUUUCAUUGCUGGCAUAGAUGUUGACGAUAAUGAGUUAUUGACACUUGAAAUUAUCCAUAGAUACGUGGAACAAAUGGACAAAGCAUAUGGAAAUGUCUGCGAACUGGAUAUUAUCUUCAAUUUCCAGAAAGCAUAUCACAUCUUAGACGAAUUACUGUUGGACGGUACAUUACAAGAGAGCUCCAAAAGGGAGGUCCUGAGAAGGGUGGGACAACAGGAUCAAUACGAGUUAGAGGACGAGCUUGAUACUAAGUUCUAA